GCCGAACGCACUGCGCAGUCACGCCUUGCGCAGUGCCUUGACGUCGGCGGUGCCUAUGGCAGAGGGCAGAGGACGGGGCUGAGGCGCGGGGGGAGGAGAUGGCCUCCUCGGUGGUCAGAGCCACGGUCCGUGCCGUGAGCAAAAGGAAGAUCCAGGCCACCCGCGCCGCCCUCACGCUGACUCCAUCAGCUGUACAGAAGAUUAAACAGCUUCUUAAAGAUAAACCUGAGCAUGUUGGUGUUAAAGUUGGAGUUCGUACAAGAGGGUGCAAUGGACUUUCUUACACAUUAGAAUAUACAAAAUCGAAAGGAGAUUCUGAUGAAGAAGUAAUUCAAGAUGGAGUUCGAGUGUUUAUUGAAAAGAAAGCACAGCUCACACUUCUAGGCACAGAAAUGGACUAUGUAGAACACAAACUGUCCAGUGAAUUUGUCUUCAAUAACCCAAACAUCAAAGGAACAUGUGGCUGCGGAGAAAGCUUUAACAUCUGAAAUCUCAGGACUUCUUCCUUUGUUUUCAACACCAUGGAACACUUACUCAGCUUUGUGAUUUUUCUGAAGCAUUCGCAUUUCUUUCAGGUUCUUAGGCUUUGUGAAGUGUGGCUGCCUUUAAGGAAAAUAAAGUGAUUUUAAAAUUUAACCUGUGUGUUAAAUCCCAGCACUAGUAUAUUUAUGCAGUGAAUUGGUCCCCAAAAGGUAAAGGACACUAAAUUGUGCAGUAGAACUAUGUUCUCAUGUAUUGAGGGAAAUCAAGUUUCACUCUUCGUUCCAUCUUUUAAUUUCAGUUUCUUUUAUUCCCACUCUCAAAGAAAAAGCAGUCAGUAAAAAUAUACUGGCCAAGUGUUCUGCUUUGAUGAGGGAAAGUAAUGCUAUUAAUGCAAGUAGGUUUCAGAGCUUACUUAUGCUUGUCUAACAGAACACUUCAGUCCGUUCUUGAGAGGUUUCCAGUAUCUUCAUCCCGUGAUAAAUUUGAAUAUCAGCAUUAUAGUUAUUUAUUCUCCAGGAAAAGAGCUCUGAAAGUAGGAAAUACUGACUUUUGAUGCUAAAAUGGUCAUACAUUGCUGGUUCAUGAACUAACAAACUAAUCCAUAUCUUUAAAAUUAUCCUCAUCCUUUCAUUUUGGAAUGUCUUGCCUCUCAUUUGCUUUUCCCCACAGCAGACACAGUCUCUCUGCAGUUAAAAUAAAUAGUGUGCAGGAACAACAAACCUUCAACCACUAAAGUAUUAUGGCAGAAUACGCACAGGCCACCCUUUUCCCACAUCCUAUCUGUUUGUCUUCAUCCUGUUCUGACCCAGGGAGCAACAUUUCUAAAGUUUCUGUCAGACCUAGAGUCCUCCCUUUACACAGUAUGUAUGUAUCCCUUGUAUGUUGUUUGGGCACCCCACAAGGAAGUUAUUUAUUAAUCAGAGGAAAGCAUUUUGUCAAUUUAGCUUUGCAGUCAUGCUCCUGACCAACUUUGUGACAGCUGGACCUCAUUAGUAACUUGUGAAAGUGUUAGGUUUUCCUUACAACAUUGAUGAUAAUUUGUUUCUACAGACUGUUCUGGAUGAGAGUAACUUUAUAAAAGGAGAAUUUCACUUUCAAAAACAAUCGUGCCCUGAACAAAAAAUUAUGAGAUUUGCACUGGCUUUCAUUUAAUGAAAAUGUCAUUGUUUGGAGGAUGCUAUUUUUAAUUAAAAGAUACUUUAAUCUCCUUUCUGCUAAUUGGGACUCUUCUGUAUACAAACCAGUCUUCUCAUCUGUUAACAUUAUGCAGCACCUCUUCCCUUGCUAGUUGGGCAUUAGUAAAUAUCAAGUAUGGCUUUCAGUCUUUUGUUUCUCCUGUUCUUCCUGCUGUCCAAAGAUGAAGCUUGCUCCAAAGCUAUUCAUUCAUGCAACUUGAAGGAGAGACCAUGAGAGGCAACAAAGUCAUCGCUGCUUGACUGAUUGGUCUAGAAGUCUGACAAAAUGAGGUGACAAAGUUGUUUCCAAGGAAGACCUGGCUGUUGGGUUCUAAGAAGGGAGGGUGCUGGCAUAUGAGCGGGCAGUAGUGGAAGAUGAAAAUAAACAGGGCAUUAGGCUUGAAAACUGACAAUCCAGUAGUGAAAUAAGUCUGGAAAGCUGCUAACUUGCAUCUGAGCAUGAAAACUGCAGAGGGCAGCUAAGAGAAUCUGACUGAGGGGAAAGGAAAGCCAUGGCAUUCUUGCAGUAGUGAGCAUAGCACAGGUCUCCUUUUUCCCACAUCCCAUCAGUUAUAAAAGUGAAAGGUUCCAGAGGUAUUGCUUGCUUAAUGUUCAUACUUGAAUUUUUAAUUUUGCAUGUACGCAACUUUGGUGUGAAAGCACUAGUUUUCCUUCAAUUAUCAACUUUGUUACACACAGUUGCUUUGUUUUGUAUUGUAGUUAAAUGGAGAAAAGAUGGCAAGACACUUGCUAGAUUUGAAUUUCUAAUACCACAAGUCCUCCACUCCUGCCAAAAAAAUUAUGUUUGUGUUAUUGUUGCGAUAAUGUCCAAACUAGUCCAAAUGAAGGACAGUUCUUGGGAUUGUAACUCUCUUGCUUCUAAGUAGAGGAUAAAGAAAAGACUAUGAAUGUAACACUGGUAAUUGGUGAAAGUGCUAUUGCUGUAUUCAUUUUUUAUUUGUUUUUUAUUUUUGAGGGCUUUUUGCAUAAUCAGUGUUCCUUUUCAUGUGUCCAUGUAAAUGCUGUGAGUGAAAGCUCUCACUUUCAUAUUCUCAGAUAGUAAAAAUGACAACUUUCUUAAAAGAUUAAAACACCUAACGCACAAUCUGUUAAACUUUAUUUUUUAUGUGAGUGCUAGUAACAGUUAUGUAUGAACAUAAUUUUGUUAACCCAUUUAUAACUUGUGCAAUACUGUGUAUGUAGCAUUCUCAGUUGUAAUAAUAAAUAUUGUCUCUUGGUAAACAGAG